UCACUUCCCUGGAAAAGCAUUCUCAGUUUGUUCUUCGUUCGAGUUUGACGUACGAACUUUAUUAUCUGCAAAAAUGACUGGUCGCGGAAAGGGAGGUAAAGGUUUGGGAAAAGGAGGAGCAAAGCGGCAUCGCAAAGUUUUGCGUGAUAACAUCCAAGGUAUCACCAAGCCAGCCAUCCGUCGUUUGGCUCGUCGUGGUGGAGUGAAACGUAUCUCCGGAUUGAUCUACGAGGAAACUCGUGGUGUUCUCAAAGUGUUCCUUGAGAACGUGAUCCGUGACGCCGUCACUUACACCGAGCACGCCAAGAGGAAGACCGUCACUGCCAUGGACGUCGUCUAUGCUUUGAAACGUCAAGGAAGGAGAAGCCUGACAGCGCUCCAUCUCCGAACUUACAGCAUCGUCAUGGCACGUACCAAGCAAACCGCUCGUAAAUCCACCGGUGGUAAGGCACCAAGGAAACAACUCGCCACCAAGGCCGCCAGAAAGAGCGCGCCUGCAACUGGUGGAGUGAAAAAACCCCAUCGUUACAGGCCAGGAACCGUCGCUCUCCGUGAGAUCCGUCGUUACCAGAAGAGCACUGAGCUCCUCAUCCGCAAACUUCCUUUCCAACGUUUGGUUCGUGAGAUCGCUCAAGAUUUCAAGACCGACUUGCGUUUCCAGAGCUCUGCUGUGAUGGCUCUCCAGGAGGCUAGCGAGGCUUACCUCGUCGGUCUCUUCGAAGACACCAACUUUUUAUUAUCUGCAAAAAUGACUGGUCGCGGAAAGGGAGGUAAAGGUUUGGGAAAAGGAGGAGCAAAGCGGCAUCGCAAAGUUUUGCGUGAUAACAUCCAAGGUAUCACCAAGCCAGCCAUCCGUCGUUUGGCUCGUCGUGGUGGAGUGAAACGUAUCUCCGGAUUGAUCUACGAGGAAACUCGUGGUGUUCUCAAAGUGUUCCUUGAGAACGUGAUCCGUGACGCCGUCACUUACACCGAGCACGCCAAGAGGAAGACCGUCACUGCCAUGGACGUCGUCUAUGCUUUGAAACGUCAAGGCCGCACCCUUUAUGGUUUCGGCGGUUAAAUUUUCCUGUCAUCUUACAAAACAAUCGGCCCUUUUCAGGGCCACCAAA